AUGGGAAAUUUCCUCCAUGUUCUAGCCAUGACACUCUUACUUUUCCUAUUCUCCAAUAUUUCUGUUUCAACAAGUGAAAACAUUCAUCUUUCCCUUAAUUACACAUCCAUUUUGCAAGCCAGAAAAAAUUUCAUGGCUCUUGAUAUCUCCAACCUUUCUUAUCAUUCAACAUCCUCUUUCAGUUUUCCUCUUUACCAUCGCGAUGUAUUCGAAAAAUCAGAGUUCAAGGAUUAUGAUUCAUUACUCGAUGCUCGUUUUGCUCAAGAAAUGUUAUUUUCCAUGUCUGAAUCUGAAUACUCGUCUGAAAAUUCUACAGCAACAUAUUCAGUUCGUGGUUUAAUUGUGAGUCCCUUUUGGGUUGGCAGUGAAUUACAACGUGAACUUUUGCUUAUAGACACUGGAAGUCGUCAUGUUUGGUGGCAAUGUGGUCCAUGUGAACCAAAUAAAUGUUAUGAACAAAGGAGAAAUUUAUUAUAUGAUUCAACACUCUCAAAAACAUUCCAACAAAUUAAUUGUGUCACUGACACAUCAAGUUGUUUUCAAGGGCAGAGAAUUUCUUGCUCUAGACUAGAACAAAAAUGUAAUUAUGAAACAACAUAUGGUGAUGGUUCAAUCUCGACUGGAUUUAUGGCAUAUGAAAUGAUAACAUUUACUUCAAUCCAAGAUUCAGCAAAAAUAAUAUUUGGUUGUGGGAAAGAUCAAAUGAGUGGGAUUAAGAAAUUCCCAAGAUUAAUAAGUGGAAUUGCUGGUCUUGGUGCUGGUCUAUAUACUAAUGGAUUUGAGAAAUAUUCAUUACAAUCACAACUUGCUGCUACAUUAUUCUCUUUAUGCAUUCCUAGUUCUACUUCAGGAAAGCCAUCUACACUCAACUUUCACAACACCCCAUGGAAAACUGGUAUAAGGACAACACUGAUGAGGAACAAUAUUAAUCCUUCAUUUUACUAUUUACGAGACUUGGAGAAAAUUACCAUUAACGAUAGAGAAGUUCCUAUUGAUCCUGCACAUUGGAAUUUGGGUGCAGAUAAAAAUGGUGGUAUGUUUGUAGAUACAGGAACCUCUAUUUCACAAUUUCCUGCUGAUAUUUAUGUCGAAUUUAGGUAUAUAUUUAGGUCUGAAGUUAAAGGUAUGAUAUUGGAUGAAAAUCCACCAGAACCAUUUGAUACUUGUUAUUUGGCAGAUAAUAAUAUUAAUUGGGCCAAUUUUCCAGUUGUUAGGUUUUAUUUUAAAUUCAAUAUAAUACCUCUUGAAGCGAGACAACAACAAGUGAUGAUAUUGUAUCGGAAAAAAUACUGCAUGGGUUUUCGUAGUUCGAGUCAUAAUUUUUCUGUAAUUGGUGCCAAUGUAUUACAGACUUUUGGGUUGACUUUUGAUAUUGAUGCAUGGUGGUUGACAUUUUCACCAGAUGCUUGUGAAUAA